GAUGUCCUCAACAAACAUGCAUGUACCACUAACUUCAACUUCAAGAGUGCAUAGUUCCUUCACCAUUACAAGCAUAUAUACAGGUGCAACAACAACAAUUUCUACUGGUACGCCUUUGCCAAAUACUUCAACCAGCAUGCCAACAGCAUCAACUCUGACAUCAACAAGCCUUAUUUCCUCCUCAAGCAUAGUUGGAACUGCAGCAACAACUUCAUCAAAGUUUUCUGUUACACCUUCAGUUUCCUCAACUAUCAUGUUCACACGACAAGUUACAACACCAACAGUCCAGAAUUCCCCAACUGGUAAAGGCAUAUCCACAAUCCCAACAAAAAUGUCUAUUGGUACACGUUCACCAUUGUUUUCAACCGGCAUGAAUACUCUAUCGACUAAAAUACCAACAGUCCAGAAUUCCACCAAUACUACAAGUAUGACAACACAAUCUUUGACUACAACAGCUACAAAGAUGUCCUCAACAAGCAUGCAUAUACCACUAACUUCAACUUCAAGAGAACAUAGUUCCUCCAACAUUACAAGCAUAUCUACAAGUACAACAAUUUUUACUGGUUUAUCUUCACCAUUAUUUUCACCUGGCAAGACUGCACCACAGAAAAACUCAACUACAGUCCAGAAUUCCUCCAUUACUACAAGUAUGACAACACAAUCUUUGAAUUCAAUGGCUACAAGUAUGUCAUCAACAAGCGGGCAUAAACCAUUAACUACAACAGCAAAAAUAAAUAGUUCCUCCACUAUUACAAGCCUAAACACAGGUCCAUCCAAAACAAUUUCUACUGGUACGGUUUUGCCAAAUAUUUUAACCAGCAUGCCAACAGCAUCAACUCUGACAUCAACAGGCCGUAUUUCCUCCUCAAGCAUAGUUGGAACUGCAGCAAUAACUUCAUCAAAGUUUUCUGUUACACCUGCAGUUUCCUCAACGGUCAUGCUCACACAACAAGUUACAACACCAACAGUCCAGAAUUCCCCAACUGGUGAAAGCAUAUCCACAAUCCCUACAAAAAUGUCAAUUGGUACUUUUUCACCAUUGUUUUCAACUGGCAUAAAUACUCUAUCGACGAAAAUACCAACAGUACAGAAUUCCUCCAAUACUACAAGUAUGACAACACAAUCUUUGACUACAACAGCUACAAGGAUGUCCUCAACAAGCAUGCAUAUACCACUAACUUCAACUUCAAAAGUACAUAGUUCCUCCAACAUUACAAGCAUAUCUACAAGUACAACAACAAUUUUUGCUGGUAGAUCUUCACCAUCAUUUUCACCUGGCAUGACUACACCACAGAAAAAAUCAACUACAGUCCAGAAUUCCUCCAUUACUACAAGUAUGACAUCAAAAUCUUUGACUUCAAUGACUACAAGGAUGUCAUCAACAAGCGGGCAUAUGUCACCAACUACAACAGCAACAAUAAAUAGUUCCUCCACCAUUACAAGCCUAAACACAAGUCCAUCCAAAACAAUUUCUACUGGUACGACUUUGCCAAAUAUUUCAACCAGCAUGCAUACAGCAUCAACUCUGACAUCAACAAGCCGUAUUUCCUCCUCAAGCAUAGUUGGAACUGCAGCAACAACUUCAUCAAAGUUUUCUGUUACACCUGCAGUUUCCUCAACCAUCAUGUUCACACGACAAGUUACAACACCAACAUUCCAGAAUACCCCCACUGGUAAAAGCGUAUCCACAAUGCCUACAAAAAUUUCUAUUGCUACACGUUCACCAUUGUUUUCAACUGGCAUGAAUACUCUAUCGACUAAAAUACCAACAUUCCAAAAUUCCUCCAAUACUACAAGUAUGACAACACAAUUCUUGACUACAACAGCUACAAAGAUGUCCUCAACAAACAUGCAUGUACCACUAACUUCAACUUCAAGAGUGCAUAGUUCCUUCACCAUUACAAGCAUAUAUACAGGUGCAAGAACAACAAUUUCUACUGGUACGACUUUGCCAAAUACUUCAACCAGCAUGCCAACAGUAUCAACUCUGACAUCAACAAGCCUUAUUUACUCCUCAAGCAUAGUUGGAACUGCAGCAACAACUUCAUCAAAGUUUUCUGUUACACCUGCAGUUUCCUCAACGGUCAUGCUCACACAACAAGUUACAACACCAACAGUCCAGAAUUCCCCCACUGGUAAAAGCAUAUCCACAAUCCCUACAAAAAUGUCAAUUGGUACUUUUUCACCAUUGUUUUCAACUGGCAUGAAUACUCUAUCGACGAAAAUACCAACAGUACAGAAUUCCUCCAAUACUACAAGUAUGACAACACAAUCUUUGACUACAACAGCUACAAGGAUGUCCUCAACAAGCAUGCAUAUACCACUAACUUCAACUUCAAGAGAACAUAGUUCCUCCAACAUCACAAGCAUAUCUACAAGUACAACAAUUUUUACUGGUUUAUCUUCACCAUCAUUUUCACCUGGCAUGACUACACCACAGAAAAAAUCAACUACAGUCCAGAAUUCCUCCAUUACUACAAGUAUGACAACACAAUCUUUGACUUCAAUGGCUACAAGGAUGUCAUCAACAAGCGGGCAUAAACCAUCAACUACAACAGCAAAAAUAAAUAGUUCAUCCACCAUUACAAGCCUAAACACAGGUCCAUCCAAAACAAUUUCUACUGGUACGGUUUUGCCAAAUAUUUUAACCAGCAUGCCAACAGCAUCAACUCUGACAUCAACAGGCCGUAUUUCCUCCUCAAGCAUAGUUGGAACUGCAGCAAUAACUUCUUCAAAGUUUUCUGUUACACCUGCAGUUUCCUCAACGAUCAUGUUCACACAACAAGUUACAACACCAACAUUCCAGAAUACCCCCACUGGUAAAAGCAUAUCCACAAUCCCUACAAAAAUGUCUAUUGCUACACGUUCACCAUUGUUUUCAACUGGCAUGAAUACUCUAUCGACUAAAAUACCAACAUUCCAGAAUUCCUCCAAUACUACAAGUAUGACAACACAAUUCUUGACUACAACAGCUACAAGGAUGUCCUCAACAAGCCUGUAUGUGCCACUAACUUCAACUUCAAGAGUAAAUAAUUCCUCCAGCAUUACAAGCCUAAACACAGGUCCAUCCAAAACAAUUUCUACUGGUAAGGUUUUGCCAAAUAUUUUAACCAGCAUGCCAACACCAUCAACUCUGACAUCAACAAGCCUUAUUUCCUCCUCAAGCAUAGUUGGAACUGCAGCAACAACUUCAUCGAAGUUUUCUGUUACACCUUCAGUUUCCUCAACUAUCAUGUUCACACGACAAGUUACAACACCAACAGUCCAGAAUUCCCCCACUGGUAAAAGCAUAUCCACAAUCCCUACAAAAAAGUCUAUUGGUACUUUUUCACCAUUGUUUUCAACUGGCAUGAAUACUCUAUCGACGAAAAUACCAACAGUACAGAAUUCCUCCAAUACUACAAGUAUGACAACACAAUCUUUGACUACAACAGCUACAAGGAUGUCCUCAACAAGCAUGCAUAUACCACUAACUUCAACUUCAAAAGUACAUAGUUCCUCCAACAUUACAAGCAUAUCUACAAGUACAACAACAAUUUUUACUGGUAGAUCUUCACCAUCAUUUUCACCUGGCAUGACUACACCACAGAAAAAAUCAACUACGGUCCAGAAUUCCUCCAUUACUACAAGUAUGACAUCAAAAUCUUUGACUUCAACGACUACAAGGAUGUCAUCAACAAGCGGGCAUAUAUCACCAACUACAACAGCAACAAUAAAUAGUUCCUCCACCAUUAUAAGCCUAAACACAGGUCCAUCCAAAACCAUUUCUACUGGUACGACUUUGCCAAAUAUUUCAAACAGCAUGCAUACAGCAUCAACUCUGACAUCAACAAGCCGUAUUUCCUCCUCAAGCAUAGUUGGAACUGCAGCAACAACAUCAAAGUUUUCUGUUACACCUGCAGUUUCCUCAACCAUCAGGUUCACACAACAAGUUACCACACCAACAUUCCAGAAUAUCCCCACUGUUAAAAGCAUAUCCACAAUCCCUACAAAAAUGUCUAUUGCUACACGUUCACCACUGGUCCAAAGUUUGUCCGAUGGUACUAGUCUAUACACAAAUCCAGUAACUUCAUUUUUUCUGUCAACUGCUUCAACAACUUCUUCACUGUCCAAAACAGCCACACAUACUCCUAACACUACCUGCGUUUGUCAUUGGUCAGAAUGGUUGGACCUUGGGGGUCCAACAACAGGUCUUGAAGGUGGUGAAAGGAUAUCAAUCAAAAGAAUUUUGGACAAUUAUCCUACAGUCUGCACUGCACCAAAGGAAGUUGAAUGUCGUGCAAAAAAUUACCCCAGAUUGUCUCUUUCCCAGCUUAACCAGGUUGUGAAAUGUAAUCCCAAAGAUGGCCUUGUGUGCUUGAACAAACACCAAGACAUUACACAUCAGUGCUUUGACUAUGAGAUCAGAGUAUCCUGCUGUGAUGGAAAUUGUGGCAGUAACACAGCACAGACACCAAAAACCCCUUUGUUAACUCCUAGUCCUGGAUGUAAUUGUGAGAGGUCAGACUGGAUGGAUUUCGGUAGCCCAACAAUAGGUCCUAAAGGUGGUGAAAUAAUUUCCAUCAAAAGAAUAACUGACACCUAUCCUACCAUCUGCUCAGCACCAAAGGAAUUAGAAUGUCGUUCAAAACUUUACCCUGAACUUUCUCUUUCAGAGCUUGGACAGGUUGUGAUAUGUAAUGCAAAAGAUGGCUUUGUGUGCUUGAACAAAUACCAAGAUAUUACACAUCAGUGCUUUGACUAUGAGGUCAGAGUAUCCUGCUGUGAUGGUAAUUGUGGCAGUAACUCAGCACAGACACCCAAAAUCCCUUCGUUUACUCCUAGUCUUGGAUGCAUUUGUCAGAGGUCAGACUGGAUGGACUUUGGUAGCACAACAAUGGGUCCUAAAGGUGGUGAAAUAAUUUCCAUCAAAAAAAUAAGUGAAACCUAUCCUGCCAUCUGCUCAGCACCAAAAGAAUUAGAAUGCCGGGCAAAACUUUACCCUGAACUUUCUCUUUCACAGCUUGGACAGGUUGUGAUUUGUAAUCCAAAGGAUGGGCUCCUGUGUUUGAACAAAAAUCAAGAUAUCACACAGCAAUGCUUUGAUUAUGAAAUCAGAGUAUUAUGCUGUCAUGGAAAAUGUGGCAGCUCCACACAGGCAGCAACAACCUCUGCAAGGUUGUCACUUUCAAGAACAACCAAACCAGCAACAGCUUCUUCAAGUACAGCUUCUAUACAACAGAAACCAUCUUUCAUUACAUCAAAACCAGUUACUUCUACCUCUGAAUGUAACUGUCAUUGGUCAGAAGCGUUGGACUUUGGUGGCCCGACAGUAGGACCCGAAGGUGGCAUAAGACUCCACACAGGCAGCAACAACCUCUGCAAGGUUGUCACUUUCAAGAACAACCACACCAGCAACAGCUUCUUCAGGUACAACUUCUAUACAACAGAAACCAUCUUUCAUUACAUCAAAACCAGUUACUUCUACCUCUGA